GAGAGAGGGGGCUAUACCGUUAUUUGCAUAUGACAUCAAACCUAUGAUUUAAUCCCUCCUAUAUCCUGAGCACGUGCCAUCCGCGACUUAUAUAGACGUCGGUAGACAUUGUGUGAAGUUGAAGGUCUCGCGCAACCGCCCGGUCUUCUCAGACAUAACUGCAGUAACGUGUGCUGUUGUGUAAAGCGCGCGCUCCGGUGUCCGAUGUGGUUUUCUGAAGAUUUCACUUGAGGAGCGCGAGGAGGUAGCUGCACGAGCCGUUUGUAUAUGUCAGAUGCCAGAAAACAGAAAGAUGGAUGGUGUGAAGAAAGGAGGCUAUGGAGCUACAGUGAGCUUCCACAACAUCCACUACAGUGUCAGCAGCAGGACGGGAAUCCUCUGCAAACAGAAGAAGGCGCGUAAAAACAUCCUUAUCGACCUCAAUGGGAUUAUGAAGCCGGGACUGAACGCCAUAUUGGGAGCCACCGGGAGCGGAAAGUCCUCUUUUUUGGAUGUGUUGGCAGCAAGGAAAGAUCCUAAAGGGUUGAGUGGAGAGGUGCUGAUAGAUGGAGCACCACAGCCACCCAACUUUAAAUGUCUGUCUGGAUAUGUAGUGCAGGAUGAUGUGGUGAUGGGAACACUGACAGUGAGGGAGAAUCUGCGCUUCUCGGCAGCGUUGAGGCUUCCGACCUCCAUCAGUCAGAAAGAGAAGGAGGAGAAAGUGAAGCGAUUGAUUGAAGAGCUUGGGCUGACUAAAGUAGCUGACUCACGGGUUGGAACACAGCUGAUUCGUGGCAUUUCAGGAGGUGAGAGAAAGAGGACGAACAUCGGCAUGGAACUCAUCAUCGAUCCGUCCGUCCUCUUCCUGGACGAGCCGACGACCGGGCUGGACGCUAGUACAGCUAACUCUGUACUGUCACUGCUGAAGAGGAUGUCGGAUCACGGGCGGACCAUCAUCCUCUCCAUCCACCAGCCGCGUUAUUCCAUUUACCGUCUGUUCGACACACUCACGCUGCUGGUGUCGGGUAGACAGGUUUACCAUGGGCCCGCUCAGCGCGCACUGGACUACUUCAGCGACAUCGGCUUCACCUGUGAACCCCAUAACAACCCUGCUGACUUCUUCCUGGAUGUCAUUAAUGGAGAUUACUCUGCACUGUCCCAGAACAAACUAGAGGAUAAUGCAGAGCUGGAUGAAAAGCAAGACUCAUCGAGCAUCGAGGAGCGUCUGGUGCAGGAGUAUAAGCAGUGGUCUUACUACAAGCAGACCAGAGCCGAGCUGGAGCAGAUCACGCAGGGACUCAAUUGCGACAACCAACCCAAAUCACGCACCAUCACCUACAACACGUCCUUCAACCACCAGUUCAAAUGGGUGCUGAAGAGAACGUUCCUCAACCUGAUGCUCAACCCGCAGACCUCCUUCGCUCAGGUUGGUGUGACACUUUUCUUAGCCCUGAUUGUCGGUGCCAUCUUUUUCAACGUGCCAAACAAUACAAGCGGAAUCCAGAACAGAAUGGGUGCCUUGUUCUUCAUCACCACCAACCAGUGUUUCAGCUCACUGUCCUCUGCCGAACUCUUCAUCACAGAACGCAAGCUCUUCCUACAUGAGUAUGUCAGCGGGUAUUACAGAGUGUCGGUGUAUUUCCUGUGUAAGCUGCUCUCGGAUAUUCUCACACUGCGUACUGUUCCAGCCAUCAUCUUCAGCUCGGUGGCCUACUGGAUGAUCGGAUUCAAAAGCGACGUAGGGGCGUUUUUUUUCUUCAUGUUCACUGUGGCCAUGACAGCGUACACGGCCACAUCCAUGGUGAUGGCCAUCUCUGCUGAUCAGAACGUAGUGGCCAUCGCCAACAUCUACAUGACCAUCACCUUCGUCUUCAUGAUGAUUUUCUCAGGGUUGUUGGUGAACUUGCCGAGCAUCGCUGACUGGCUCAGCUGGCUCAAAUACUUCAGCAUUCCACGCUAUGGCCUUACUGGUCUUCUGGUGAAUGAGUUUGUUGGGCUGAAAUUCUAUAACCCUCCUCCAUCUCUGCCUCCAGGCUUCAAUUUUACUCAAUUCCUCAACUCUACGACUGGAGAGAACUUUCUGACGGAGCAGGGCAUCGAUUACUCCACCUGGGGCAUGUGGCAGAAUAUCAUGGCUCUGGGCUACAUGCAAAUCAUAUUCCUGAGUAUUGCAUACCUGAAACUACGCUUAAUUAAGAAAUUUACAUAGAUGUGUACACACAUACAGGAUGCUAUUCUGCAUUCGGUGUUUAUUGUACCUCGUUAGCUCUGCCUCCUUACUGACUCCUCCCCCUCAUUACCACCUUCUCGUCCUUAUUUAUAAACAUUUCUGAAAUCAUG